CUGUGAGCAGCUCGUCUGCGGCUGCUGUUCCCGAGGCUGCACCCAUAACCACCAGGACCAGCGGUGCUCCAAUCGUGCGCUGAACAGGGUUCGGUCCCUGUCUGCUUUACCCUCUCCACAUCGCCCCCUAGCGUCCACCGUCCGCCAUGUUUAACCUCAUGAAAAAGGACAAGGAGCGGGACAGCGUGAGGAAGGAGAAGAAGAAGAAUGAGCGUAUGUCCGCGGCGGAACUGCGGAGCCUCGAGGAGAUGAGCAUGCGCCGCGGCUUCUUCAACCUCAAACGCGAAGCGAAACGAGAGUCCAAAAACAAACUCGAGAUCUCCAACCCCAUCCCCAUCAAAGUGGUCAGCGGGAGCGAGCUGACGCUGACGGAUAUCGAGUCGGACGGGCUGAGUAACCGGAGUAACAGGAGCAGCGUGGUGUUGGACGGGCAGCUGAGCGGGGCCAGUUCCACGGACGACCUGAAGGGGGAGUCCUCGCAGGAUUCGCACAGAGGCUCCGUCAGGGAUCGAGUGGCUCAUUUUGGAUCGUUGGCCAAACAGAACUCUUCACAGGUAGGACAGAUGAUGAAGCGCUUUUCUUUCUCCCAGCGGAGCAAAGAGGAGAGCCCAUCCGAAGGCUCCACCCCGUCGGGCCCAAACUCCGCCGCUCCCUCCCCUCAGGUGGAGAACAAAGUCUUCAACAUGCUUCGCAAACACAGCCUCAAACAACCGCCCGGAACCCCGCCUCCAGACCCGCGCAUCCCCGAGCUCGUGCCCAAAACCUUCCCCGCCCACCUCCAGCUGCCCCCCGUCAUCGCCCCCAACGCGCCCCAAACGCGAGAGCUGGAGCUGCAACGACGCAAUACCGGAGAUUUUGGAUUUUCGCUGCGCAGGACGACCAUGUUGGAUCGUAGUCCGGACGGAGGCGUGUACCGGAGGGUGGUCCAUUUCGCCGAACCUGGAGCGGGCACCAAGGAUCUGGCGUUGGGUUUGGUUCCCGGAGACAGGCUCGUGGAGAUCAACGGGAGAAACGUGGAGAAUAAAAGCAGGGAUGAGAUCGUGGAGAUGAUUCGGCAAAGUGGAGAUACCGUCAGGCUCAAAGUGCAGCCGAUUCUGGAGCUGAGCGAGCUGAGCCGAUGCUGGUUAAGGAAUACGGAAGGGCUACGGAGAGACGAAAGACAGGCGUGUUCUCUGCUGCACCGGAGCAUCCCUCACAUCACCCGGGUCAAGUCUGUGCAGGACACGUGGGAGCCCAGCGAAGUGGAGGGGUUCGGUCCCUGUCUGCUUUACCCUCUCCACAUCGCCCCCUAG